AUGUCUCUAACAACAGGGAAUCAAACUGCUGAUUGUCUCGAAUAUUCCUGUCCAGAAAGAUCUCUUUCUCUUCCUGUCUACGUGUUUCUCUAUGUGGCAGCAGCAGCUGUGGUUCUUCUGACCGUGUGUGGAAAUCUUCUGGUCAUCAUCUCCGUCGGUCACUUUAAACAGCUCCACACGCCUGCUAACAUCCUGAUCCUCUCUCUGGCCGUGUCCGAUGUCCUGGUUGGAAUUUUUGUAAUGCCAUUUCAUUUGAUCUGGCUGAUCGAGGCGUGCUGGAUUCCAGGGCCACUUUUCUGCUCUAUUUUCAAUUUUGUGACUUUUCAAGUGACGUGUGUUUCUGUUCACACUGUGGCUCUGAUAGCAGUUGAUCGCUUUUUGGCCUUAAAUUAUCCUUUUAUCUACUCUGAAAAGAUCACACCUACUGUUAUCUACAUAGUAACUUUGUUUAACUGGUUGUUUUCGGUCCUUUAUAACUUCGCUAUACUUUUUAUAAAUGGGAACUUCACUGAUUUCGUGUGUCCAGGAGAAUGUCUUUAUAUUGUGGAUGAGGUAUCGAGCCUCAUUGAUCUCCUGGUUGUGUUAAUUUUGCCCUGUACUCUAAUUAUAAUCUUAUACUCGCAUGUCUUUAUGAUUGCUAAGAAACAUGCCACUGCUAUAAGAGCUCUUCAAAAACACAGAAUCAGUGAUUCUAUGAAAUCAGAGCGGAAAGCUGCAUUAGUGCUUGGAAUUCUGGUCUUUGUCUUUUUAUUAUGUUUAUUGCCAUAUUAUAUUUUUUCUUUGACUCAUUUAUUAAGGGAUGACUCGUUUUAUAAUAUAAUCAACAGAGUUUUGAUUUUGUUUUAUCUUAAUUCAUCCAUCAAUCCUCUUAUUUAUGCUUUGUUCUACCCUUGGUUUAAAAAAAGUUUAAAACUGAUUGUAACCCUUAAAGUGUUUAACACCGAUUCCUCACUCAUAAAUGUGCUCUCUGUGAGUUCUUAA